AUUUCAACAUUGAUGUAACUUUGAAUACUAAUGAUUGUGGCAAACAUGCUGAGAAAUCUGGUAUCAUUAAAAAACCAAAUAACGAAGAGGAUAACAGGAUGAUCUCUGCAUAUUAUGACAACAAAGAAGAAAUGGAAAAAGGUAACAAAAUCAAUGUGGGCGACAAUGCAGAACAGCCUACCUACAUGCAUAGGGCACAAAUCUUUAAAAGGAAUUCUGAGAAAGAUCUCAUUAUUAUUAUUGGUGAAGACUCAAUUAGAAUAAUACAACUAGAUCAAACAGUAGAUAAUCUUAAAUCACGUGGAGAAUUUGCAACAAGGAUUAUUGAUCUCCCUUAUGGUAUGACAGCUAGAGAAUUAUUUCCUCAUAUAGCAAAGCUGAAAACAAAAACUUGCUACUUCCCUCGUACCAGGAAUAAUAGAAGGAAAAAUAAAGUAAUUUUAUCUUUUGCUCUUAAAGAAGAAU